UUCAAGAUGGCGCCCACCAUGGUGGAGCAUGUUGUUGCGGAUGCAGGGGCGUUCUUAAAAAAAGCACCUUUACAGGAGAUCGGCAAGAACAUUUAUACCGUCAAAGCUGUUGUGGAGGAAAUACGAGACAAACCAACGAGGAGGAGUCUUGCCUUUCUGCCCUAUAAACUAAAUUUUAAGGAGCCCUUUCCAGAAUAUGUACGCCUAGUGACCGAGUUCUCCAAAAAGACAGGAGACUAUCCCAGCCUUUCAGCCACAGAUAUUAAGGUCUUGGCCUUAACCUAUCAGCUGGAGUGUGAGAUUGUGGGGACUGGACACCUGAAGAAAGAGCCAGAUGUCAAUGUUAAAAUAUGCAGUACACUGCGUCACCCAGAGGCCCCAGUUGACAUUGCAGGCUUUCACCUUCCAUCAAAGAAACACCUGGAAGGACCAGCUACAGACAACCAGAAUGUACCGCCUUCAGAAAGUGAUGAGUUCAACAGUUUUCAGUUCUGGAAAAAUCCUUUGCCCAGCAUUGAGAUGGAAUUACUGGAGCUGUUGAAUGCGGAAACCGUCUCAGCUGUGGAGAAUGAAGCUGAGAAGCUGCAGUCAGUCCACAUCUCUGCCGAGGGUCAGGGUUCUGGUGAGGAUGGCAGCAGCUCAGAGGAAGAAAGUGAAGAGAAUGAGGAUGAUGACGAUGAUGGAGGAGGCUGGAUCACUCCCAGCAACAUCAAACAGAUCCAGGAGGACAUGGGUGUGUUUGAGAAUCCUACAGAUACCAAAGUAGGGUGUGUGACCACUGACUUCUCCAUGCAGAAUGUUCUCAUUCAAAUUGGACUCCACGUCCUCUCGGUGAACGGAAUGCUGAUCAAGCAGACUAGGAACUACAUUCUACGCUGCCAUGCCUGUUUCAAGACCACAACAAACAUGACCAAAGUGUUCUGCCCAAAUUGUGGGAACAAGACCCUGAAGAAGAUUGCAGUUACGAUCAAUGAGGAUGGUAAUGUGCAGAUGCAUUUCUCACGGAACCCCAAAGUGCUGAACCCUAAAGGACUGAGGUAUUCUCUGCCCUUGCCAAAAGGGGGGAAACACGGCAACAACCCCUACUUGGUAGAGGACCAGAGGUUUCCCCAGCAGCGGCUGUCUCGCAAGGCCCGGCAGAAGACGGAUGUCUUCAACCCAGACUACGUGGCGGGCAGCUCCCCCUUUGCCGAGAACGACAUCUACAGCCGAGCAGCCAGCCUGCACCUGCGGGACGCUCAAUGCGGAGGAGGGCGCCGUCGCACCAACCCUAAUACGGCACGUAAGAAGUUCGUCAAGAAAAAAUAACUAUCCUGAAACGGGCAGAGGAUCUCCAGUUCCAGGGGAACAGGGGGUGCUGCAGGACUGAAGCCCGACAGUAAUCGUUUAUCUGUCUUGCGUGAAAUAUCUCUGCUCUUACAGGCCACUGGGCUUUUAUUACAAAGAUGACCGCCAUUGUUGUAAAAGUGUACAUGAGGUUGAGCAGCAGCCCUCUCUGGAGUAACAGUUUGUCCCAGUUACUGAAUUUAAAACUGCUGGAAGGGAAUUGAUGUCAAGUUCUGACAUAUGCUCUUCUGCGGAGGGAAUGCCUU